CAGACUUCUCAUCCAUCACCGUAUAAGACAUAUGAAUGUCUCAAGUUCUGAAGAUGAAUCACCCGAUUAUGGGGAUUAAAAUUUUUAUUAUUAUAUUAGUGAAACUUAAAUGUGAAAUACACCAUCAGGUACUCAGGCGGGGCUUCGUUGGUGUUUCAAGAUGGCAGUGAUGAUAGCAUGUUGCUGUUGCUUCUCCACCAAGACGGGCUCCAUCGCUGUGGGCGUCAUCUGCCUCGCGGUGGCCUUCUGUGCGUCUGUGGGGUUCUGCUUCGCGCUGCUGAACGCUGAAGACGUCAACAACAGACUCGCCUCUAUGUACCACAGCUAUGAGGUCGCCCUUGAUGCUAACAUGACCGAACCAAGACUCCAACUGGUCGAAUCCCUCAUCGGGGUUCAGGCCAUCAUUGAUAACAUGAAGACAGUAUUCAUCGUUGGUUUAGUCUUCUAUGCUAUCUACACUUUCGCUUCUCUCUUCCUGACCUACGGCUCCUGCACGAGUCUACGCUCCUUGCUGCUGCCAUGGAUUGUAUUGGAGAUGGUGCCAUUUGCCCUUCAAGUUGCCGGUAUAGUCAUUCUUUUUGUGUAUGGAAAAGAUGACCCAACACUGUCCCGGGGCGGCGUCUACAUAAUAGCAGGACUCAUCAAUAUUAUCUGCUUCGUGAUCCAUGUGUACUGGUGGAUGUGUCCAGUGGCCCACUACCAAAGCCUGAAGGAGGAAGAGACAGUGGUGGAGGCCCUGGUGCCACCCUCACACCCCAUGUAUCCUGCUGUGCUUUUGAAGUACUGAGCCACCCACAGUUCCUCUGCAACCCCCAUUUUGAUUCUCUUGUACUGUACCUUAUUACCCAUUAAGUCCCCAUAUUUGUAUCACUAAACUGGCCUCAAUCAUCAACAAGAGGCCACAUUUGUACCAAAUAAGAAGUCACAUGUGCACUGUCAGUCUAGUCAUAAAUAUUAAGAAGAUGCCACUUCUGAAACAUCAUUUUUAACAUAAUCAAGAAGCUAUUUCUGUAUGAUAUAUCUCACUACAAACAAGAGGUUACAUUUGCAGCAUCAUUCUGCACACCAACAUAGGACUUUAUUGCAGAUGUCAAUUUAUAUAUUAUUUUUUUUACUGCAUUCAAGCAAAGGAUAGGCCAUAGGUUGGAUGGACACACCAGUGAGCACAAUUCCCUAAUACAGUACUCAACAAAUUCAUCUUAGGGCAUAAUUCCCUUUUUGAUCCUAAUAAAUGUUAUAUCAUCCAAAAAUUGAUUUUUAAAUGCCGUUUCAUAUACUGUACUCUUAAACUUUUCAUAAUUUCUUGAAACUGGGUAAUUCUAAUUUUUUUUUUUAUUAGUUGGAAGAAUCAAGGACAGACUCUCACAUCAUUUGCUGCAACUCAUUCCCCAACUGGUACUAAAACAUAUGUGCUGUUAAGGUGUUCUCUUCCACAUACUGUAGCCUCAAAAUUUUCAUCUGCUUUACACAACUCGGCCUACACCCAUCAACAGCACAACCAUCACCCAGACGUUAAUGAUACAGGCAAAGAACUGAGCACCACACAACUCCACUAAAUAAAAAUGAAUAUUGUAUUAUUUCUCUUAGACAAUAAUGUAUCUCAGCAACUCUAAUUAUUUGUAUAAAAAUAUAUGACUGCAGGAGCACUUGGGACUGUCUGGGGAUGAUGUGUGACUGUUUUAAUACUGGUGACAAAGUGUUCAAGGAAGAUAUGCAACUGUGGUAACACCAUGGAGACAAAGUUGUCCUGGAAAAAAUACUUUGGGUUGAGGCAGAUCUUGGCUUUCAUAAUUUGAACUUGGAGCAGCUUGAGAAUAUGACCUCAGAUGUUAUAGAGUCUAGAAACUUGAUAAUAUUGCACACUCUAAAGGUUUUAACUUCAUGGAUAUCAAAGUUUCUCUGAUAUUACAUGAUUCAGAAAUUAAAUGAUCCUUUAAAAUACAGGUGUACUGGAUCUUGCUAUACUACUGAAGUUUUAAAAGACAAUACAGUACUGUAGUACUGUGAGUUUCAAAACUUCUGUAGUAUUGCAAGACCCAGAAUUUUAAUUGCUAAUUAGGCUGAAAACCUUGCUGAUGUUGGAGAUAACAGAACUUUAUAAGACUUCAAAGAUUCCACAGCUUUUUUUUAUACCAAAUAGUUUAGAAUCUGUAUGAUGACCCCAAAAACUCCAAAACACUAUUGAAACCAAAGGUUUCAGAUCUUGAUUGAAAUUAAACCCUUAAAACUUUCUAGACAUCAGAGCUUUAAUGGGAUAAAAGGUCCUGAAGUUUUACUGCAAUCAUAGACUUCAAAACUCUAUUAAAAUCACAAGUUCCAGAAGCUUUAUAACAUCAUAGGCUAUAAAAAUUCUCAAAUAGAAAGUAAGAAAUUGACCAAAAGGGCCCAGACUCCCUUCACCAAUGAGACGAGAUGGUCCACAAAUGAGUAGCAGUGAACUCUUGUUAUCUUUUUGAACCAUUUCUUCAUGUUAACUUUCAUCAAAAUCAAUAGCCAUUUGUUUGAGUUAGUUCACAAGAUAACCAGACAGAUACACACAAGUCUAUUUCCAUAUCCCUGCCAGAAGUGACAGGCAAUAAUGAAAUGUUAUGAACCUUCUCUUGACUUCUAGAAUGAAAAGUAAAUUUAAAUUAUAAAAGCAAUUGGAUUUUCAGAUUCACUGAAGCUUUGGGACUCCCAAAUAAAUUGUAAAAUAAUUGUGAGAGGGCAAUUCAACAGUAAUGAAUAGUAAAAUUUUAAAGCAACUAACCUUCUCUGGGAUAUUAAAUCACUAUACAGUACAGUACUGGAGAGUUAGGAAUACUGUGCUGUGAGUUACAGACCAAGAACACAUCACUUGGAGCAUCAAGCAUAAUCAUCUACAGCCCAGAUACUUAAAGGUUAAUCUUAAGAGAUGAUUCUUUGGCCAUCAUCUUUGUUCCAGUGAGACAGUUAUAUAGGGUACAAGGUACUUGAUUAAGUGAAUAGGUUAGGUAUUGUCUUACAUAUCCAGUAAAUAACAAUUUUGAUUAAGAACACGGCAUGCAUCUUUUAAAGGCAGUAGAUACAAUAUUUACCAAAACAAUAUUUUGAAAAAAUGCACUCUUUGUUGAAUGUAAAAAUUGAUCACUGUUCAUAAAGAAAUUGUUUUACAAUUUCAUUGUGAUAAAAAUUUGCCAAAUAUACAUGUGUGAUGUUAAUGCCUUUAUUAUGUGUUUACACAAAGUUUCCGUACAUCUGUAUGAGUGUAGUACUGUACCUGAAUGUUGUCAUAAUAAAAUUACAAACUGUUAA